GGGCCCAGAGGCUGGUCGCUCGGUCUCCGCACGGGCCGAAACGGAAAAACGGCAAGCUGCAGUGGCCAAAAGCCGAUUUACAGUAUUCCACGGCAGUUAUGACGGCAGCCAGCCAAACGGCAAGAGCAUUUCCGCAAAGGAUUCCCAAUGAGAUUGCAAAAGAAACAUCAAAGAAAAUUGGUGGAGUGAAGUGCAUACGUGAAAUAAAUGAAAAUUAAAGGAACCCCAAAAGCUCUACAUUCCAAAUUUACCCACACACAGGCAAUCGCACACACACAUACGUUAUGCAGUGAAAGUGAAACAUUUAGUAGCAUCUUUUAGGCGCAGCGCAAAAAGGCGUUUGGUCCAUACUUUCACUUGGAAGGCUUGCAAUCAUUCUUGUUCGGACCAAAAUCGGUGGUGCAGCUGCUUAAAUGUAUUUUAGUGACAGCUCGGAAAAACAGCCAGCCCCUUGGAGGGCCGGCAAUCCAUGGAGUAUUCAAACACCACUGGUUUGACUCACAACAUCAAGGAGAAGUCGCACAAUCCGGAGCAGCAGCAGCCCAUCAAAACCAGACUGCCUGUGAUUGGAAACUGCUACAUCAAGAUUGAAUCGCCGACCGGCUCGCAGUCGAUAGCUUUGGGCAGCCAGCGUUGCCUCAAUACGCCCCCAACCACGCCCAGCAGCCCGCUGAGGGAACCGCCCCAGAGUCCGUCGGACGGUCACGUCUCCUCGCUGAGCUCGCACUCCGGAUCGGGAUGCAGUGACAUCCUGCUGGAUACUAUUUCUCGUUGUAAGGUUCCACAUUUUUGUUAG